ACCAAAUAAAAUGACAAAUUCACGAAAUAAACAUGUUGGGGAUUCAUCAACCUCUGCAAAAAAGCAAAGCAAGUGCGUUCGACACACUGUGGAACAAGUUCAACUGCUUAAAGAAUUUUUGAAGAAAUGUCCUCAUCCAGAUACGGACCAGCUAAUUGAAAUUGGUAAUGAAGUAGGGCUUAACCCUAAGAAGAUCAAGACUUGGAUUUGUAACAAUAAGAUUAAAACAAAGACACAAAUUGAGAAAUCAAGCAACAAGACUCUCCGGAUAGAAAACGAAAGAAUUCGUUCUGAGAAUAUAGCAAUGAAAGAGGCAAUGAAGAAAAUUAUACGCGCACAAUGUGAUUGUGAAAGAGCAAGAAAUUUAGAAAAUUUGAAAGCAGAAAAUCAAAGGUUGACAAAUGAGAUUCUUUGGUAUUCUAUUCUGCUAGGAGGAGAAGCUUUCUAGAGUCACAACUACUCGUGGAGUAGACAAGGGCAUGAGUGACCUUAGUAAUGUUAUUAUCCGGUAGUUUUAGCAGUACAAUGCAUUUCAUAAUUUGCAGUGAAAUCUUUUUUUCGUCUAUAUAU